AUGCCACAGCGAGACUCGCCGGCCGGCUUGACAUUCAUUAUCACGGCCGGCGUGUCGAAGAAAGAUGAUCCCCAAACACGCAAACUCAUAAGGAGCCAUGUAAUGCGAGGGAAAAAUCUGGGCAAAUCUCGCCGGGCCAGGCCCACAGAUGGGCCCCAAACUCCCCUGCCCUGGGACGCUGAAGUUUGGGACCCCUCUGAGCGUGGCCAAGUAACGACAGCGCCCUCGUCCUCGAUAAUUCCGAAAAAAGUCGGGUCAGAGUGGUCAUUUACCCAGCUCGCAGCCGAAAUAGAGCCGGCUGCAAUCGCGGAUAUCUUGACCUAUUCUUCUCUCGCACGACAAGCGACGGUGCCAUUGGAGCAAUGCAUUGCUUUCAACAACAAAGAGAGGGUCCUCGUUGGCCCUAUGGCAUCUGAUGCUGCCUUCCUGCACGCUACUGCGCUGGGAACCCAUGCAUACGUCGAAUUAAUGCGAGGCCGUGGAGAUCAAAAUGCCCUCCAAACCAUGUCACCACAUUUCCCCAAGGCGCUUCAGCUUCUCCGCGAGCGUCUGGACUCGACAGACGAGGAACUGAAAAUCGCCAAUCCCACGAUGAUGGUGGUCAUUGCUCUUGCACUUUACGCUCGCAUGAUUGGCGACUAUGACAUGGCGAAGAAUCACAUGGAAGGCCUUCGCGAGAUUAUCAAUUGCAGAGGAGGAAUUAUCACCAUCAUUCCCAAGACAAGACUUGCGAUGGAAAUUUUCAGAUGUGAUAUAGGGCUAGCGAUCGAGACGGAUUCUAGGCCUACUUUCUUUUCGACCAGGCCGUCUGGUGAGCCCUUUAGACCGUUCCCAGCCCAGAUGUCCGCACCCAUUCCUAAGGCAACCGAUAUGAGGACUUGCUUCUCUUACUCGGAGCAAUUCCUCAGCGCCAUCAACGACGAUCUGGCUGCUGUCUGGAGAGCUCUGAAGGGACUUUGCCUGCAGCUCAACCGCGCCGCCAGGACGAAACGCAAACUCCCCGAAGAAUUUCUGCUCGAGUCCACUGCUUCAGUCAUGUAUCGUCUUCUUCAUAUGAGCUUUGCCACUGGUACUCUGGAUGCAGCCAUCCGGCUCGGACUACUAGCAUUCUCGUCACAGGUCUGUCUGCAACUACCCGACUUCAGGGUACGAAGGACAUCCUUGUCCUCUGCCUACCAAGAAUGCCUUUUCGCACUCGACAUGCUAGAAGAGCAAUGGCCGCCACUGUUGCUUUGGCUGCUUAUCGUCGGCGGCGUUGCAGUGGUCGAUGAGGCUGGUGGUACUUGGCUGAAGCCUUGGUUGAAGUCGACCAUUGAACGAUGUGGAGUUGAUUCAUGGACCAGUUUUCAGGAGAUGAUGGACUCGUUGAUGUGGAUUGGCCUGGUAUUCGAUAAACCUGCCAAGGACGUCUUCUACUCGGCGAUAUCUCCAUCAGACGCGCCGGAAACUGGGAGUUCAUCAAGUACUUCAUUAGACUAG